AUGGAGCAAAGUUAUACAGAAAAUGAAAUAUGUUGGAAGUGUGAAGCAGGCUGGGAGCAACAUGGAGGAAACUGUUAUUAUUUCUCCACUAAUGAAUCCUCCUGGAAGGAGGGCAGACGUUUGUGCAAAGAUCUGGGAGGAGACCUGGUGAAGAUAGACAGCAGAGAUGAGCAGAUGUUCAUUAAAGAAAAACUGGUACAUAUGAUGAAGAACGAUGAGGACAAGUUCUGGAUCGGACUGACAGACUUAGAGGAAGAAGGCAGAUGGUUGUGGGUGGAUGGAUCUCCACUGAACACGAGUUUGAGCUUCUGGACUGAUGGCCAACCAGACAACUGGAGUAAGAACAUCCUGAAACAAGCUGACUGUGUGAGGAUGGGACAGAUAGGAGGAGCUGAUGAAUUAAAGUCCUGGUUCGAUACGUCCUGUGACCUUCAUCAGAAAAGCAUCUGUGAGAAAACAGAAAAAACUUGA